AUUUCCUCUCUCAUCUAUAAAUGACAUAGAGUGGACCCACCCUAAUCCAUUUAAUUUCAACAACACAUUAACUCAGCCACCCGUGUGCUCACACUCCCCCAUUCCCCACCUUUAUUCUCUUCACUCCAUCCAUCAUCCAUCCAUCCAUCCAUCCAUCCCCUUUAUAUUCAUCCUCCUUUUUAACACUCCCCCUUAAUUUUUCUCCUUUUUCUUCCUUUCCUUUCCAUCCCAAAUAAAAAUGGACAUCUUCCUAAUCACCCUUACCCUAUCCUUAACCCUCCUAUCCUUCCUCCUCCACCGUAUCCGUCGGCCCAAUUCCCUCCCACCUGGCCAAACGGGCCUACCCUUAAUAGGUGAAACUCUACAACUAAUAUCCGCCUACAAAACCGAAAACCCAGAACCGUUUAUCGACGAACGGGUCCGAAAAUUUGGACCCGUUUUUAUGACCCAUGUAUUUGGUGAAGCAACCAUAUUUAGUGUGGAUCCUGAUGUGAAUAGAUUUAUAUUACAAAAUGAAGGGAAAUUGUUUGAGUGUAGUUAUCCGGGUUCGAUCUCGAAUCUAUUGGGAAAAUACUCUUUACUUUUAAUGAAAGGAAAUUUGCAUAAAAAAAUGCAUUCUCUUACUAUGAGUUUUGCUAAUUCUGCUAUUAUUCGUGAUCAUCUUUUGCUUGAUAUUGAUCGUUUGAUAAGGUUUUAUAUGGAUUCUUGGUCUUCUAAAGUUUUGCUUAUGGAGGAGGCUAAAAAGAUAACAUUUGCAUUAACAAUGAAGCAACUAUUGAGCUUUGAUCCUUGUGAAUGGACAGAGAGUCUUAGAAAAGAAUACUUGCUCGUUAUUGAUGGCUUCUUCAGUAUUCCUCUGCCUUUCUUCUCAACUACAUAUACUCGGGCUAUUAAAGCUAGGACGAAAGUAGCGGAGGCAUUAGGAUUGGUGGUUAGGGAGAGGAGGAAAGCGAAGGGGCUAGGAGAGACAAAGGAUGACAUGCUAGGGGCAAUGCUUGAAGAGGAAGCCGGUGGCGGACUUUCCGAUGAGAUGAUAGUGGAUUUUCUAGUGUCCUUACUGGUGGCCGGCUAUGAAACCACCUCCACGACGAUGACUCUAGCAGUCAAGUACUUAACCGAGACUCCUCUUGCUCUUACUCAACUAAAGGAAGAACAAGAAAAGAUAAGAUCUCAAAAGGGUGAAGAUGAGCCGUUGCUAUGGACUGAUUACAAAUCAAUGCCCUUCACUCAAUGUGUUGUCAAUGAAACAUUAAGAGUCGCCAAUAUUAUAGGAGGCAUAUUUAGACGUACGAUAUCAGAUGUUCAUGUUAAUGGCUAUACAAUACCAAAAGGAUGGAAAGUUUUUGCGGCAUUUAGAGGUGUACAUAUGAAUGACGAAUAUUUCAAGGAUGCUCGAUCAUUCAAUCCAUGGAGAUGGCAGAGUGAUACGGUAGCAUGCCCUCCUAGUGCAUUCACUCCAUUUGGUGGAGGUCCAAGGUUGUGCCCUGGCUAUGAACUUUCAAGAGUAUCAAUAUCCGUAUUUCUACAUCACCUUGUAACCAAAUAUAGUUGGGAGCCUGCGGAAAAGGAUAAGUUGGUGUUCUUCCCAACAACUCGAACGCAAAAACGAUAUCCAAUUUUCGUGCACCGUCGAAAUCAAGCCAUGUAAAGAGUUCAAAGGGAGAGGAGACGAGAGACGAGAGUUUAGUAUAGAAGCGUUGUAAAAAUGGGAAAAAAAAGAUAUGAGGAAUCAAUACAUGUUCUAUUCAAAUAAGGCGGAGAAAACAACAAAAAAAAUCGUGGUAAAAUAGUAAAGGAGAGUUCAAAUUGGUUGAUUAUAUCUUUGAGGGUUAAGUUGCUCUUAAUUCUUUUGGUAAUUAUGUCAUUAAUCAUUAUAGUAAACCAUGUAACUUGCAUCAUUGUAAAUGUUCUAUUACCAAUUUGCAAUUAGUUAGGUUUUAAUCUA